ACUCAAGCCACAGUAAUUAAUUAAACAAAAGACUCAAACAACAUGAAGGCCUUCUACGCACUCACUUUGCUCGCCGUCAGCUACUUCGCCAGCACCAGCGCAGGCCUCAUUGGGCAUGGUAUACCCAUUCCCAUCGAAUUGGAGGAAAACAGCCCACCGCAGUAUGAAUUCCACUAUUCCGUGCACGACACCCACACCGGCGAUGUUAAGGAUCAGUUCGAGCAUCGUCAUGGCGAUUAUGUAACCGGCCGUUACUCGCUUAUUGAACCUGAUGGCCAGCGUCGUGUUGUGGAAUAUAAUGCCGAUCCAUUGUUGGGCUUCACCGCUCAAGUGCAUCGGGAAGUGCCAGUUAUCCGCCAGCUGCCCUUACAUCGUCAUUAAAAGUUUGCCAGCAGAAAAGUAGUAGUGACAUAUAUACCUACAUACAUAUAUAUUCAUUCUUACAUAUCCAUACAUUUUAUUUAUAUCGACAGUUCUGUAAAACAUAUGCAUUGAUCCUAACACACAUACACUUACAUACACGCAUGUACAUACAUACAUACAUACAUAUUGAAUCAUAUAUAGCAGAAUUUAAAGUUGUCCAGAUAACAUGUUGGGCAAAAACUAACACAGUGUUGAAGACAUGUAAUGUGGACGACCCUUUAUACACAUACUCUUAUAAUAAAAUACAUACAUACUCCACAUAUGUACA